UUAUCACCAUCACAAACGCGUACGUCGUCUCGUAAACAGGUUCAACUCAACUCAACUCGACGACCACACCGACUUGACGUGACUGACGUAAUUAUCCGCGCUCGUGGUUCUGCAAAAUAAAAUCGCAAUGUCCCUGCUCCGCUCGGCAUCGGUUCUGGCAGGUCGGCUGGCCAGCAGGAACCAACUCGCGUUGAAGUGCUUGACGACAACACGGGCGAUUCACGGCGAGGCGCAGAGUUCUGAACCGGCGACGGGAUUGGCCAAGUUCCCGGGGGCGCAGGCGGCCUUCGUGGGUAAGCCAACGCUGGUGCUGCCGGAACAUGUCGAGUCGGUGCCGAUCUAUCGGGUCAUGAACGCGGAAGGGGUGAUCGAGGACGCUUCGCAGGAUCCGGGACUGAGUCGGGAGGUCGUGCACAAGAUGUUCCGCGAUAUGGUGCUGCUGAACACGAUGGACAAGAUUCUGUACGAGUCGCAACGGCAGGGCCGCAUCUCGUUCUACAUGACGAACUUUGGCGAGGAAGCUAGCCACAUUGGUAGCGCUGCGGCGUUGAGUCCGGAAGAUUGGGUUUAUGGGCAGUACCGCGAGGCUGGGGUGUUGGUCUGGCGAGGAUUCACCAUCUCGGACUUUAUCAACCAGUGCUACGGCAAUCGGGAAGACGAGGGUAAAGGUCGUCAAAUGCCGGUGCAUUACGGCUCGAAGAAGCUGAACUUUGUGACCAUUUCUUCGCCGCUGGGAACGCAGAUUCCGCAGGCCGUCGGAGCGGCGUACGCGUUCAAGCGUCAACCGGACAACCAACGCGUGGUGAUCACGUACUUUGGCGAAGGCGCUGCCUCCGAAGGCGAUGCCCACGCGGCGUUCAACUUUGCCGCAACCCUGGACUGUCCGGUGAUGCUGUUCUGCCGAAACAACGGGUUCGCCAUUUCAACGCCCUCGAAGGAACAGUACCGUGGCGACGGAAUUGCGGGUCGUGCCGCCGGCUACGGAAUCGCCGCCCUCCGAUUCGACGGUACGGACAUCUUCGCCGUGUACAACGCCACCAAGAUGGCCCGCGAGUACGUCCUGAAGAACAACAAGCCGAUCGUGAUGGAAGCGAUGCAGUACCGCAUCAGCCAUCACUCGACCUCGGACGACAGUACGGCGUACCGACCGGCGGAAGACCUCGAAAUCUGGAACACGACCGAGCACCCGAUCUCGAAGCUGAAGAACUUCAUGAAGCAACGCGGUUGGUUUGACGAGGCCGCCGAAGGGGCGCACGUGAAGGCCAUCCGGAAGCAGGUGCUGGCCCAGAUCAACCAGAGCGAAAAGAUCCCGAAGGCGGACUGGCGCGAAACGUUCCAGGAUGUGUACCACGAGAUGCCGCAGCACCUGCGCGAUCAGAUGAAGCAGAUGGAGGAGCACAUCGAGAAGCAUAAGGAGCACUAUCCGUUGAAGGAUUUUAAGAAUUAGGCGGACAGGUUGAUUUUACUUGGUGAAAAGUGGCAGUGAAAAAAGUGCAUUUAUUAUAUUGUAGGUAAUAUAGGGAUGGUCUUCCCGUUUUGAGAACCGUUUUAGGAAUCUGUUACAAGUUGUGAAUGGAAAAUGUUACAGCAAUAAAACUAUAGCCAUAUUGUUUUCAGUCUUCCCAUAAAA